AUGUGGCCGGGCAUAGUGGCGACACUUUGCUUGUGUUUGUGCGGCGACUCGAUGGCUGGCUUUCCCAACCAAAUCAACAUCGGUGGCCUCUUCAUGCGCUCCACGGUGCAGGAGCACAGCGCCUUCAGGUUUGCGGUGCAGCUUUACAACACCAACCAGAACGCCACCGAGAAACCCUUCCACCUCAACUAUAACGUCGACAACCUCGAGUCCUCAAACAGCUUCUCCGUCACACAUGCCUUCUGCUCUCAGUUCUCCCGAGGAGUCUACGCCAUCUUUGGCUUUUACGACAGGAAGUCCAUGAACACGCUGACCUCAUUCUGCGGGGCGCUGCACACCUCCUUCAUUACGCCCAGCUUCCCCAUCGACGUGGACGCACAGUUUGUCAUCCAGAUGAGGCCCGGCUUGCGAGGCGCCGUUCUCAGUCUCCUGGACCAUUACAAGUGGGAGAAGUUUGUCUACCUUUACGACACCGAUAGAGGUUUCACCAUCCUCCAGGCCAUCAUGGAGUCGGCCGUGGCGAACAACUGGCAGGUGACGGCGCGCUCGGUGGGGAACAUCGUGGACCCCGCCGACUAUCGACGCAUCAUCGAGGAGAUGGACCGCCGGCAGGAGAAACGCUUCCUCGUCGACUGUGAGGUGAACAGGAUCAACUCAAUUCUAGAGCAGGUGGUGAUUGCGGGCAAAAACACCAGAGGCUACCACUAUAUCCUCGCCAACCUGGGUUUUUCCAACAUGAGCUUGGACAGGGUGUUUUCCGGCGGAGCCAACAUCACAGGCUUCCAGAUCAUCAACCCGGAAAGCGCCAUCGUCCAGCAAUUUCUCCAACGCUGGGAGCGUCUUGACGAAAGAGAAUUCCCCGAAGCCAAAAACACGCCACUAAAGUACACAUCGGCGCUGACCCAUGAUGCCAUCCUCAUCAUCUCUGAGGCCUUCCGCUACCUUCGGCGCCAGCGCGUGGACGUGUCCCGCAGGGGGAGCGCAGGCGACUGCCUGGCUAAUCCCGCCGUGCCCUGGAGUCAAGGCAUCGACAUAGAGAGAGCUCUGAAAAUGGUUCAAGUUCAAGGCAUGACAGGAAACAUCCAGUUUGACACAUUCGGACGUAGAGCUAACUACACAAUCGAUGUGUACGAAAUGAAGACAGGAGGUCCGAGGAAGAUCGGCUACUGGAAUGAAUAUGAAAAAUUUGUAUAUGUAAUGGAUCAACAGGUCACCAACGAAUCGUCUUCUGUGGAAAACCGAACAAUUGUGGUCACUACUAUUAUGGAAGCGCCGUAUGUGAUGUACAAGAAAAACUAUAUGCAGCUGGACGGGAAUGACAGAUAUGAAGGCUACUGUGUCGAUUUAGCGUCUGAAAUUGCAAAGCAUGUGGGCAUAAGAUAUAAGCUGUCAGUAGUUCCGGAUGGAAAGUACGGAGCCAGAGAUCCGGAGACCAAGACGUGGAACGGGAUGGUGGGUGAACUGGUGUACGGGAGAGCUGACAUAGCGGUGGCUCCUCUCACUAUAACGUUGGUUCGAGAAGAAGUGAUAGACUUUUCAAAGCCCUUUAUGAGCUUGGGCAUCUCCAUUAUGAUAAAGAAACCGCAAAAGUCCAAGCCCGGCGUCUUUUCCUUCCUGGACCCGCUGGCCUAUGAGAUUUGGAUGUGUAUAGUGUUCGCUUAUAUCGGCGUGAGCGUGGUGCUGUUCCUGGUGAGCCGCUUCAGUCCUUACGAGUGGCAUCUGGAUGAGAACGAUGAGGCCAAAGACCCUCAAAGCCCCCCCGACCCGCCCAACGACUUUGGCAUUUUUAAUAGCCUCUGGUUCUCGCUGGGUGCCUUCAUGCAGCAAGGAUGCGAUAUCUCGCCAAGGUCGCUCUCGGGCCGCAUCGUCGGAGGAGUGUGGUGGUUCUUCACCCUCAUCAUCAUCUCCUCCUACACGGCCAACCUGGCAGCCUUCCUCACCGUGGAGAGGAUGGUUUCUCCCAUCGAGAGCGCCGAAGACCUGGCCAAGCAGACGGAGAUCGCCUACGGGACAUUAGACUCAGGCUCUACAAAGGAAUUCUUUAGGCGCUCCAAAAUAGCCGUUUACGAGAAAAUGUGGUCAUACAUGAAAUCGGCGGAACCGUCGGUGUUUGCCAAGACAACACCGGACGGGGUCUCCCGGGUACGAAAGUCGAAGGGAAAGUUCGCCUUUCUCCUGGAGUCCACUAUGAAUGAGUACAUAGAGCAACGCAAGCCGUGCGACACCAUGAAAGUGGGCGGCAACCUCGACUCCAAAGGCUACGGCGUGGCCACACCCAAAGGCUCCGCAUUAAGAAAUGCUGUUAACCUGGCAGUGUUAAAACUGAAUGAGCAAGGCCUCUUGGACAAAUUGAAAAACAAAUGGUGGUACGACAAAGGAGAGUGCGGCAGCGGGGGAGGUGACUCUAAGGACAAGACAAGUGCACUAAGCCUAAGCAACGUGGCAGGAGUCUUCUAUAUUCUGGUGGGGGGGCUCGGCCUGGCUAUGACCGUGGCGCUCAUAGAGUUUUGCUACAAGUCUCGGCAAGAGACUAAAAGACUCAAACUGGCAAAGAAUGCACAAAAUUUUAAGCCGGCCCCUCCGGUGAACAGCCAGAAUUUUGCCACGUACCGUGAAGGCUACAAUGUGUACGGGACAGAAAGUGUCAAAAUCUAA